GAGCAACAUCUUCGGGACAAGAUCCAUACGCCUGUCCGAAAGACCCGAAAAGGGCUUUUGUGUGACAAAUGUGACCGGGGAUUUUCAAGCAAAGCCGCAUUGAUGCAACACCAAAGAUCGCUGGUCCAUCGUCCUCUCAGCAACCUGGAGUGCAUAGUUUCAAAGUGCCAAAAGAGGUUCAAAAGCCCUUCAGCUCUUUUACAUCAUCUUGAAAGCGGCACUUGCCGUUCUAGCAUGAAUAGAGAGAAACUCAAUGACAUAAUCCGUCUGCACGAUACCAACCAUGUGAUCUCCGGCCAGGCCCAGCCGAGUCGAAUUUACGCUUUGGACGAAACUCUCAGUGUAUCCUCGGAUUAUAGCACUCGGUUUCAGGUUAUCUAUACCCCAAGCAGCGCAGCAUCUGUUAGCUCGCUUUACCUGGCGGAACCCAGCCCACCCGGAGCGCACGUAUUCGAUCUUAAAACUGUGGACUCUGGAAGGAAAUCGUGUCUUGACUGCUCGAGAACAUUCAAAUCCGUGCAAUCCCUUAUGCAACACCGACAAUCUGCCGCCCAUACAAGUGCGAUAUUCAGUUGUCCAACAGCCUUGCUGAGCAGGGAACCUGCAUUAAAGCAGUCCUUUAGCACGCUUAGUGGGCUUGCGCAACACCUUGAGGCCGGAGCUUGUAUUGGAGGCUAUAGCAUGCUCCAAGAAGCAGCUAGGUACUUGGAAACAUGCCUCCACAACAUGGGCUUUAAAAGAAAGAUUCUUUUAAAUAGUACUAUAUAGCUCUAUUUCCCUGAUCCGGAGAAGUAUGCGAACUAAUAGAAACUUUUCUUCAGAAGACUAUAUCCACAAAAUGCUCGAUAACAAUCGCGGUUUGAUUACUAACCCUAUUCCCAAGCGGUUGAAUGGUUAUCUGCAGUCAGAGCUUGGUAUCUAAGUCAAAAAUGAUGAUAAUGUCUUUGGUGUGCCAUUUUAUGACUGAACCUAACCGAAAUGUGAUUGACAGCUCAUUUGAAGACACCCCAAUCCUUAGCCGAGAAAGAUUGACAAGAGACGAACGUCCUCUCCUCCGUAACAAACAAAAUGCUUCGCGACUUAGAUAAUCAGAUUGAUACCGAAGGCUGCUCCAGCCAACCCUAACCCUGUCUGGCAAGACGUGUACCAGUGACUGCGGUGUC